AUGGACAAUGCAAGCAGUGUGAAGGAAUUCAUUCUUGUGGGCCUCUCAGAGAAUGAAGGAGUGCAGAAAAUAUGUUUUGUGUUGUUUCUGUUCUUCUAUAUCAUUAUUGUCGCAGGAAAUGUGUUCAUUGUUAUCACAGUAAUUAGCAGUCAAUGUCUGAAUUCCCCCAUGUAUUUUUUCCUUUCCUACCUGUCCUUUGUAGAUAUCUGUUACUCUUCCGUCACAGCUCCCAAAAUGAUUGCAGACUUCCUUGUUGAAAAUAAAACCAUCUCCUUUGUGGGUUGCAUAGCACAGCUGUUUGGGGUCCAUUUCUUUGGCUGCACAGAGAUCUUCAUCCUCACAGUGAUGGCCUACGAUCGCUACACAGCCAUCUGCAGACCCCUCCACUACACCACCCUCAUGACCAGGCGCGUGUGCAGCCAGAUGGUGAUUGGCUUGUGGGUGGGAGGCUUCGUGCAUUCCAUGUUGCAGACUCUCCUAACUUCUUGUCUCCCGUUCUGUGGCCCCAACAAAAUUGACCACUACUUCUGUGAUGUCCACCCCCUACUAAAACUGGCCUGUACCAACACCUACGCUGUGGGAAUCAUUGUUGUUGCCAACAGUGGAAUGAUAGCACUGAGCUGUUUCUUCAUCCUAGUUGUGUCCUACAUUGUCAUCCUGGUUUCCUUGAAAAGUCAAACAUCUGAAGGGCGGCACAAGGCUCUCUCCACCUGUGGGUCCCACAUCGCUGUGGUGGUUCUGUUCUUCGGGCCAUGCACAUUCACCUACAUACGCCCAUCCAGUGAUCUGUCAGAGGACAAGAGUGUGGCAGUGUUUUACACUGUCAUCACACCCAUGCUGAACCCACUUAUCUACACUCUGAGAAAUGAGGAGGUGAAGAGUGCCAUGAAAAAACUGUGGAGUAGAAAAGUGGGAAGUGAGAAGGGACACAUGUAG